ACCAGAUGCCACCACUAUUUCAAACGGUUUUGUUAUUAUUCAAAUUCAAAUAGAGAUUUUUUAUUAAUUUGCAAAAAACCGGAAAAAUGUGGACUCCGGAAGUAAAACCGUGCUACGUCCUCCUCGAGCCUGUGACCCCAAAAGCAGCCGUCGAUUUUAGUGUUGAGCUCAAGAAAGUGAUCAACGAACGAAAUCUUCUAACCUCAAAAACUCGAAAACGGAUGACCGAAGCCCUCGAAGAAAUCGAAUGCGAAAACGAGCAAUCCACUCGUCGCAAUCAAAAGGCAAAUAUCCUGAGGGAAAUACUCGAAUCUGAGGAAAACUAUCUUAGACACUUGGAAGUUAUAAUGGAGUUUUUCAUCAAACCAGUGCAAGAGAAAAUGUUGCUAAAACCUAGAGAUUUCGACCUUUUAUUUGGCGACUUUAACACAAUUUUUAAAAUAAAUAAAGAGUUGCAUCAAGAAUUGAGCAAAAACCCCAAUAAUGUGGCUAGGGCGUUCUCGAAAAUCGCCCCCUUUUUCAAAUGUUACUCAUUCUACGCCUCAGGGUUCAAAAACAGCCUUGACAUUCUCCAAAACUGCCACCGUGAUAAUCCUAAAUUUGGCCAAUUCCUCGAACUGCAAGAAACCCGGCCUGAAGUCCAGUCAAAACUCUCAGCUCUUCUGAUAGCCCCCAUUCAGCGAGUUCCGCGCUACAAACUCCUUUUAUCGUCUCUCCUCAAGCUAACAAACACCUCAGAUGAAGACUACGAAAGUCUUCAAGACUCUUUAACCAAAGUCGAAAACGCCGCUCACCACAUUAACACCAUCAUCAAAGAGCAGGAAAACAUGCAGAGACUCAUCGAAUUGCAACGUUGUUUGCUAAGCGGAGAGCCUAAUGUUAUUACCCCCGGCCGGAAGUUACUAAAAGAGGGAAUUUUGUUUCAAAUCUCCAAAUCUGGUCACAGUCGAAAAACACACGUGGUGCUCAUGAACGACAUUAUCAUGUUUUGCAAAAUGAAGAAAGAAGAAGUUAAAGUGAAUUCGUUGAAAUGCUGUGGAAUUUUCCCGCUCGCUAAAUGCAAAAUUGAAACGGUUUACGAUAAGGGGGCUUUCAGGGUGGUUUGCCAAAACGAAGAAAUGGUUCUUUACGAUGGUAGUUAUUCCGAGACGGUUAAAUGGGUCGAAGAGAUUGAAUCAGCGAUUGAGACUCUUGUUAACGACCGGAAAACCUUGAGGAAGGAAAGUACAGUACGCAGACCAGUCAAGAGAAAAAAUUUGGGGGAAUAUAACGAAAUUGGGUUGAGUCCGGGUCAAAAAUUGAGGAAACGGAAAUCACCAUUUGCUGAAAACAACAUUUUUAGUCCUUUAAAAAUUUCAAAAAGACAGCCGAUUAGAGAAACAAACACGAGUUUGAAACCUCCGUCUUUUUUUGUAACUUUGAAACCAAGAGAAGAUGAAGAUACUGAUAAUAAGCAAGUUUCUAAUGAAGUUUUCGUGUUUGGGAAACCUCACCCAGAUCAGGGAUUUUCGUUUAAAAUGAAUCAAUGGUUGUGUGGAAUUGGCACUUCCGUUAAAAAAAUGCUAGGUUUUAAAUAAGUUUGUUAAUUGAUGGAUUUUAUUUCUCUCGACUUGGAAUAUAUUUUAAUUGUAA